CGCUGUCACUCAACAGAAUCCCCUGCCACUGCCCACUCCUCAAGGAAAACUUUUGCGUAUGUUUUCCAUUUUCCUCAGUUUCCUGUUUACACCGUCCUCUCUCCGAUCCUUCUCGAACAGAGAGCAGCAGACGACGGCAACGGCGCUUUUCCGCCUCCUCUCUCUCCUCCGGUGUGUUUUGAUCGUUUUCUCGCCGAUGGGUUUUAUGAUUUGUAGUCGUCAGUUUCUUGGUUCCGGAAUCAAACUGCAUUUCUUGGUCUGAUUUUGGAAGUAGCGUGUUCCUUUCAACUUUGUACCUUUUUGUUUACAACACCCAACUUCAAUCGACCCUUUCUCGAUUUGUUUCUUACUUUACGGAUUGGUUGGUUCUGUAAUUCGUGUUAUCUGGAUUUUUGUGAGUGAAAUUGAUUAAUGGAUGACCUUUUGGGUGUGGAUCAUUUAAGCGAUCUGCCUCAGAGUAUUAUAGAAUGCAUUCUCACUAGGUUACCAAUUCGAGAUGCCAUAAGAACAAGUAUUUUAUCCAGGAGAUGGAGAUUCAAGUGGGCCACUCUGACUCAACUUGUGUUUGAUGAUGAUUGUGUAGCCAUGUCCARCGAUGGAGUUUAUGACGACCUGAUAUAUUUUAUUACUCAUGUUCUUUUUCUUCAUGAAGGUCCAAUCCACAAGUUCCAUCUCUCUGCUACCUACUUACAGAAUACCCCAGAUUUAGAUCAGUGGAUGCUUUUCCUUUCAAGGAAGGGCAUCAGGGAAUUGACGAUUGAAUUAGGAGAAGGCGAGUGGUUUAGGGUGCAUUCUUGUCUUUUUAACUGUAGCAAGUUGACCCGAUUGGAGCUAUAUCGCUGUGAAUUGGAUCCGCCUCCUAAUUUCAAAGGAUUUUUAUGUUUGAAAAGCCUAAAACUUCACCAAGUUCUGAUUGCCCCAGAAGACAUUGAAAGUUUAAUUUCUAAUUGUCCACUUCUUGAGAGUCUGGCGCUGUCCUACUUUGACAGUCUAGUGCUUAAUAUCUCUGCUCCAAAUCUCAAGUACCUCUUUCUUGAAGGCGAGUUUCGAGACAUAUGUCUUCAAAACACACCACUCUUGGUUGCAAUUUCAGUUGCAUUAUAUAUGAGUGACGAUGCUGAGCCCUUUGACCAUAGUUCUGAUUGCAAUUUUGAAAAGUUUCUUGGUGGUGUACCUUAUCUUGAGAAACUUACUGGGCAUAUUUAUUUCACCAAGUACCUGAGUAUAGGUAAUAGUGCGACAACUCUGCCAGUUUCAUAUAUCUAUUUAAGAAGCAUUGAACUGUAUCAAGUCAGUUUUGAAGAUAUGAAUGAAAUACUUGUUGUGCUUCGCUUGAUUACCAGCGCUCCGAAUUUGGAGGAGCUUCAAAUUUCGGGCUCCUCAAACCCUGUGGCUGCCUCAGAAGCACCUGACUUGGACUUUUGGGAGAAUGAAUGUCCUUCAAACGGUACAUUUGGUAACCUUAGAGUUGUGAAAACGACAGAUAUGUCUGGCGUACCACACGAGAUGGAAUUUAUUAAAUAUUUGCUUAGAAAUUCUCCGAUGCUUGAGACAAUGAGUAUCAAACCUUGUGUCUAUGUUACAGAUCGACGAUUGAAUAUGUUGAUUGAAUUGUUGAAAUUUAGGAGGGCUUCACCAGAAGCAGAAAUUUUAUUCAUCCCAGAAUAGUUGUUGUAGUUGGAAAGUUCCUUUAUCAUUUUCUACCUGCAUUUCUAUAUAAUUUUCUUUAGUAAA